UUCUCAUUCCCCCCAUCAAUUUUUAGGGUUUCUCUUCACCCCAUUUUUUUUUAUCACGGACAGAUCGUCUAUUCUGCUAACGAACUGAUGAAUUCAUAUCGAUCCAUUCGAUUCCAUCAGGAUUUAGCUUAACUCUGCUAAAUUUCUCCAAUUUAAAAGCCCUGCGUUGAUGCGGUUGGAGGCGCAGAAGCAAUACUGUGCAACUAGCAGCUUGGUGAUCGGUUAUGCUCUUUGCUCCAGCUUGCUUUCUCUGAUCAACAAAUUAGCGAUUACCAAGUUUAAUUACCCUGGUUUACUCACUGCUCUCCAGUAUUUAACUUCAGCCGCAGGUGUUUGGAUUCUUGGUAAACUUGGGUUCUUGCACCACGAUCCUUUUAAUCUAGGGGCACGUUUGUUUGCCAUGUUGGUCUAACAUAUGUUAGCAUAUAUUUAACACUAUUUUUAUGUUUUCAUUUUUGCAUAGUAAUCACCUUCAGCAGUUUGUUUGGCAAUAUACGUAUCAUAUGUUUGCCAUACAUCUGUUUGGUAUGAUACAUCAAAACGGUAGAUACAAAAUUCUAUUGACAAAAAUAGCCUCAUAAAAUUUUAUAAUUCCCGAAAUAUCCUCGUAACUCUAUAUGGCGUUGAAACCAAAUUCGUUCGCGCCCCCAAUUUCAACUUCUCCUCAAAUACAUACUUCAUCCCCAAAUUUAGCCCCUUGUGAGGACGCUGCAACCUGCGAUACCGGAGGUUACCAAAUCAAACGAAGAUCUUUGCCUGAAGUUAAUGUUGAAUGACUGGAAAGAGAUCUUCGGCAAGGACCGUGCGGAGGGAGUUCGGUCAGUGGACACAAGGGAUGCGGUUCACAAAAUUUAUGGAUCUAAGGCUGAUUUGAAUGAAGAUUCAGAGAUGUCCUCUCCACCGACUUUAGAGGAACUCUUCCCCGACGAAGUUUUUCAUGCUGAUGUGCUACCGGAGAUGGUUGACGAGAGCACAUCUGUACCUGUGGCGCCUACUCCGAAGGUGGCAAAACAAACAAUUAGUAGGAGUAUAAUAUACAUGAUCCAUACUAAUUUCUUGGAUCCAAGAAAUCUGGUUGAAGCUCCUUCUCAUCAAUGGCAACAGAAUUCUUUUCCACAACAACAUUGCUACUCUCCUUCUUAAAAGCACAGAGAGGAAACAGCUUCUGAGGCAAUUGCGGCCGUAGCCUUCAUUGGAAUCCUCCUUCUGGUAGUUAGAGACGACAGUAGGAACGCGCUAGAUUCUCAGCAUCAUCUUGAAAUAUUACGUUUUUGUUUUUGUUUUUGUUUUUGUUUUUGUUUUUUUAAAAGUGAAUUUACAGAAGAGCAGAAAGAACUAGCAACCGCCGCCGGCGAGGAAGAGGAGGUCGGAUGGAUUGCCGCCUUCGGCGAGGGAAGCGCCCCAUCCGCCGUUCGGUGAAGGGUUAGUCUCGGAGGGAUUGAAUGGUGAAUGGAGAAGAAGGGUGUUUUGAGAUAUUGAUUUUGUGCUUUGGGGUUGGAGGGAGUCGGUGUAUUGGAAGGAAGAGGAAUAAAUGAUGGGGGUAUUAGUGUAAUUUGUUGGUGAGAGGGUCUAUCAUUGUUUUGAGGAUUUGCACAAUCACAGCUGAAAGCAGGUAUAGAGUUAUCACAAAUUUUGAAUUACCAAGCAACUGCAGUGACGGGUUUUGAGAUUGAAUGCCGGGUCGUGUGUAUACGUAACAUGUCAAACAAACGAGGAUAUUAAGGUAGAUAAGGGGACUAUCUACCCCUUAACAUGACAAACAAACGAACCCUAGAGACAGCAAAGAAGUUCCUGCCUGCCGCAUUGGUGUUUUAUCUGGCUAUUUUCACGAAUACGAACCUCCUUCGUCAUGCCAAUGUUGAUAACUUCAUAGUGUUCAGAUCUUUGACUCCACUUCUUGUGGCCAUAGCUGACACAACGUUUAGGAGGCAGCCUUGUCCUUCUAAACUGACCUUCCUUUCACUGGUGAUCAUUUUGGGGGGUGCGGUUGGGUAUGUAGCGACCGAUGAUGGAUUUACGCUGACUACUUAUUCGUGGGCUUUCGCCUAUUUGGUGACUAUCACGACAGAGAUGGUUUACAUCAAGCACAUUGUGACUAAUCUUGGGUUGAACACUUGGGGAUUUGUGCUGUAUAAUAAUCUUUUGUCGUUGAUGAUAGCGCCCCUGUUUUGGGUUUUGACAGGGGAGUAUGCUGAUGUCUUUGCAGCUCUGGGAUCCUCGAGUGGAGCUGAUUUGGUUGAACCCGUUGCGUUUUCUGCAGUUUCUUUGUCUUGUGUGUUUGGGUUGCUCAUUAGCUUUUUCGGCUUCGCAGCUAGAAAGGCUAUAUCCGCUACUGCAUUUACGGUUACAGGGGUUGUGAACAAGUUUUUGACUGUUGCUAUCAAUGUGUUGAUAUGGGAUAAGCAUGCCACACCUUUUGGUUUGGUGUGUUUGCUCUUGACUAGUGUUGGAGGGGUUUUCUAUCAGCAGUCAGUCACUGGAGGGGUUCGGACUGCUCCUAACCAGUGUGAGUCCAAGCAAAUGGACAGUAAGAAUGAUAUCAAAACUGAUAAGGAUGAAGAAAAAGGUAUCUCUGGUAAACUUUCUAGGGUAUUUGUGUUCAUUUUGUUAUUAGCUGCUGGGAGAACACCUCUUAUUUGAUUACAGUCUAUAGGUUACUCACUCACACAAGAAUUUCCUGGAAUUUUGUAUAUAUGGAAUGUCUAUGACUUAUGAUCCUCUCCAUCAUUUACUAUCUUAGUUCGGCCAUGUUUUAAUUUAGCUAGUUAUAGAUUAGACUCUUUUUGGCUUAUGAGUAUCAUCAGUAGAUCUUAUUUUGUCAUUAGCUGUGCAACACCAAUUAUUUGAUUUAACGGUCGGUCAAGCCUAUAUGACCCCGAAGAUACUUUUACGAUACUUUUGGUCACUCACUCACCCAAGAAUUUCCUAGGAGUUUAUACUGUGGUAUGUCUAUGAUCAUCUCCAUCAUUUACUAUCUAAGUUUGGCCAUGUUUUAAGUUAACUAGUUAUAGAUGGUACUCUGUUGCCAUAUGAGUUGAUGUUGAGGAUCAUUAGUACAUCUUAUUUUGUCCGGUUUUAAGGUCACUUGUCUGCUGAAAUCCAUAUUUAGCUACCAGAUUCAUACUUUAUUAUGUAUUGCUUCCAUUUCUAACUAACUAUGUUAGAUUGUCUAUUUAUCUUUUAUCGGCAUUUGUUAGUUGUUGAAAUAUGUGAAUCCUCUUUCAAUGGUCAUUACAAGGCAAUUGUGUAUGCUUGUGAGAAUCGUAUGUGCAAACUCUCCUCCUUUAGUCAAAGUUAGGCUUAUAAUAACAGAGUAGAUUCUCCCUGAAGAGUUAAGCAUGAGCUUCAAUUCUCUUGAAUUAGGUGAGUUGUUGCUAAAAUCAGGAGUUUAAUCCUGGUAUCAUGAUUGGAAUGAUAGGAAUAUAGCUGCAUAUUGGAAAACAGAUUUGGUGAAAUAAAGCUUUAAUGGUACACUUCCUAUUUUCAAACAGUCAGCUCUCAUUGACCAUCUUCAUUUAGUAAAAUGUAGUGGUUGUCCUGUUAUGUAGUAUCAAGUGCUAUCUUAUAGCAUAGAAUGGAAGUUUGGGUUUGGUGGAGUGGUAAAUACACCACAUACCACUCCACCAAACCCUCUUUGCAUACUUGGAAAGAAUCACUUUUACUAUCACAAUAGUGAUGCUUUUCUCAUGGAUCUUGUUCAAUUCAUAAAGAAAGUUAUUCCUAUUUAAAUGGGAGUAUAUUUUUGGGUUGGACUUACUUGGGUUGAAAUGGGUAUUGUAAGUUCACUUUAUCUUUUUAAAUAGUUGGUCUUAACAUAUUGA